UUCCGUCAAAACGACUGACUUUUUUAAAGUUUAUUUUAAAAAAUUUUUUUAUUCUUAUUUUGAGUUUCAAAUUAUCUCCCUCCCUCCAGCCCUUCUCCCUGCAUUGAGAAAGCAAUAGGAUACCUAUUAUCCAUGUGAAGUGACGAAGUGACUAAUUUCUAAAUACGAUCCCAUUAAAACCUAGGCCCAGGAACUGAAAGUCACUUGAUAAUUCCAAAGUCUUCUAAGGCCAAACACAAACCCAGUCCACCAGAUUAGAUGGUCCUUGAUCCCCUUCUUGCUUUCAUUACAUCCCAAAACCGAAGUCCAGAAGCCUCGGGGUGGGGGUGGGGUGAGGGGUGGGCAGGAGAACCGGAUUAGAAUAAGGAUAACGAAUGAUUCCACUGAAAACCAAUUAGAGAAGGUCCAUUCCACAGCUUCCCGCCUGCACGCCCGAGACAGCAGCAGCGGCGGAGACGGCGCAGAAAGCCGCGGAUGCGCUGGGAUCCCCACGAAGGGGACGCGCAACGCUCCUUGGAGAUACAAGUUGCGUGGUAGGAGCUCUAGAGGCCGCAGGCUCCGGGGAGGAGUGCAAUACAGCCCAGCCGUAGCUUCGCUGACUUCCGCUUUCCUGGCUGGCUGACUGGCUGACCUGGGAAAGAAGGUUUAGAAGGGGCAGGAUGGCCGGGACGAGCGGGCAGGCGAGCAGGGCUGCACGGUGCUGGCGCGCCACAGUCGUGCGACUAUAUAAGUCUGCGGGGGUGGGGCGGCGAGGGUUUGACACGUACCCCGGGUUAAACGGCCCGGUCAGGGCCUUGGAACGAAUGCAGCUGCCGCCUCUAGCACUCUCACACCGCGUAGAGGCGGCAGAGGAGGAGGACAGAGGCAGCCGUUUCUUGGCGCCAGGCGCAUUGGUGAGCAGUGCGCGGCGCAGGCCCGGGUCUUUGCAAUGUGCGCGGGGCGCCUCGGGGAAAGGAAGGGAAAGCCGUACCCUGGAAAGAGUAGGGAAGGUGAAUCUUCUGGUUUCUUCCUCUCGCUCGGUUUCCUGCGCUUUUCCGGGAACUGGCUCUGCUUCCCAGGGGGAUGCAUUUUCAACCAUAAGCUCUGGAUAUUUCUGUUCUAAGAGGGAGACAAACAGGUGGGACAAUAUGAAGUCCAAUCCUGCCAUCCAAGCUGCCAUUGACCUCACUGCAGGGGCUGCAGGAGGGACUGCAUGUGUGAUAACUGGGCAGCCUUUUGACACGAUGAAAGUGAAGAUGCAGACCUUUCCCAAUUUGUACAGGGGCCUACUAAACUGCUGCAUAAAGACAUAUACCCAAGUGGGCUUUCGAGGCUUCUACAAGGGGACCACCCCAGCACUAAUUGCCAACAUUGCAGAGAACUCUGUCCUCUUCAUGUGCUAUGGUUUCUGCCAACAAAUCGUGAGGAAGAUAGUUGGACUGGAGAAGACUUCAAAGCUGAGCGAUAUGCAGAAUGCGACUGCUGGCUCUUUUGCUUCUGCUUUUGCUGCCCUGGUGCUGUGCCCCACAGAGCUGGUGAAGUGUCGACUACAGACCAUGUACGAAAUGCAGACAUCAGGGAAGAUAGCAGAAAGCCAGAAUACAGUAUGGUCGGUAGUAAAGGGCAUUCUUCGAAAGGAUGGCCCUCUGGGUUUCUACCAUGGACUCUCCAGCACUUUACUUAGGGAAGUACCUGGAUAUUUCCUGUUCUUUGGUGGCUAUGAACUAAGCAGAUCAUUUUUUGCAUCAGGAAGAUCAAAAGAUGAGUUAGGACCCAUCCCUUUGAUGUUAAGUGGUGGCUUUGGAGGCAUCUGCCUCUGGAUUGCUGUGUAUCCAGUGGACUGUAUCAAAUCAAGAAUCCAAGUUCUUUCCAUGUCUGGGAAACAGGCUGGCUUCGUGGGGACAUUUGCAAGUGUUCUGAAAAAUGAAGGGAUAGGGGCCUUAUAUUCUGGACUGAAACCUACUUUGAUCCGAGCUUUCCCUGCCAAUGGGGCCCUGUUUUUGGCAUAUGAAUACAGUAGGAAGUUGAUGAUGAGCCAAUUUGAAGCCUACUAAAGUAACUUGGUAGAACUGGAUCAAAAGACUGCUGCUGUCCAUCUCUAGGUUUCAGAGUAUGGAGAUCAACAUGGAAUUGUUCUAACCUCAUAAGACUUUUUCCAUCCUCUUCCUACACCACCCCUUUUCAUUUCCCCCAAAGAACCGAAAUUGUCCAUCCACUAGGUUCUGCUAGUGCUUUUAUGAGAGAUAAAGUUCUAUCUCUUCUUCUAACCAGGAAUACACCCAGUGAGCUAUAAGUCUCCCCAGUGCAUCUGUCUUGCAAAUGACUUGAGAUGGGUCCAUGGAGGCUCAUAGCAUCCCCCUGGCUGUCCUUGUCUUUGAAGUGUGGCUAGUGUAAGGGCUUGAAGUGAAGGAUAUAGUUUGGCUUCUCGUCUUUAACUUAGACUUCACCAGAAAAGACCUAGGGUUGAUCGUGUGUUAAUAUAGCAUUAAAAAAGUUUCAGAGCUAAUGUUUCCCCAGAAAAUCCAUUAAGAUAGUCUUACCUGAAAUAGCCCUAACAGUUAUUUUUUAAAGUAGGACAAACUUCCACUCUGAUGUUACGCAGGUGAAGUUGAUCUUGAGAUCAAAUCAUCCCAAAUCCAAUGACUAUCAUUGGCAUUUACCUCCCUUUUUCUCUUAGAUCCCCUUCUCAGAAAAAAAUCUUCAUGUUUCCAUGGUUGGAUUGAGUUGAAUGAGGUCAUAGGGGAGUGCUGGAGUGCUACUCUGAAGAGCCAGAUCUUGAACCUCUGGUCUCUACUCACUGUACAGGGCUGUCUGAAUUUUAAAGCGGCAUGGUCUAGGGCAGUGCUUCUUAAACUGUGGGUUGCAACUCCAUAUGGCAUCAUGAAAGAUUUGGCAACAGUAAAAGGUUUCUGAGUGUGCAAUGACCAAAAAUUAAUUAAAAAUCAAACUCAUAAUGAAUCC